AUAUCUGAAUGUUCUGCAGAGUUCAUAAAGCAGAGACGAGCCGGGCUGCACGAGUUCAUCAAGAGGAUCGUCUCUCAGCUCUGCAACCAGCCAGACGUGAGGGAGUUUCUGCUGAUGGACAAAAUGCAGCACUUUUCUGACGCCUCUGAGGACGAAGACGACAGAAGCAACUCUACCUCCAGAAACAUUAACCUGGGACCCUCUGGAAACCCUCAAGCCAAGCCCACAGACUUUGACUUUCUGAAAGUCAUAGGAAAGGGGAGUUUUGGGAAGGUGUUCCUCGCUAAACGAAAGCACGACGAGAAGUUCUACGCCGUCAAAGUGUUACAGAAGAAGGUCAUCCUCAACAGGAAAGAGCAAAAGCACAUCAUGGCGGAGCGCAACGUGCUUCUGAAGAACGUGAAACAUCCCUUCCUGGUUGGACUUCAUUAUUCCUUCCAGACCGCGGACAAGCUCUACUUCGUGCUGGACUUUGUGAACGGAGGAGAACUGUUCUUCCAUCUCCAGAAGGAGAGAACCUUUCCAGAACCCAGGGCCAAAUUCUAUAUCUCAGAGAUGGCGAGCGCUCUGGGAUAUUUACACUCCCUCAACAUCGUGUACAGAGACUUGAAGCCAGAAAACAUCCUCCUCGACCAAGAGGUGAGUUUCACUGCUCUGCAACUCCUACUUUCUUUAAGUUGAGAUGGAACUGCAGAGCCUAAACAGUGC